AUGGGUAAAGUUCGACGAGGAAAAAAAAUCGGUCGGUGUAAACUACGAAAUAAACAAGCAUUAAAUAAAGACGAGCCAGAAGAAUUAAAAAAUGCUCCUCAUUCAUUUGUAUUUCACAGAGGAGCGGUUGGCGAAAAUAUUUCUCGUCUUACUUUGGAUUUUCGUAAAAUAAUGGAACCUUAUACCGCGUCUUCAUUAAAAGCAAUGAAAGCUAAUAAAAUGAAGGAUUUUUUAGCUAUAUCAGGGCCUUUACACGUAACACACAUGUGUGUAUUUACUUCAACCGACAUUGGAACUUACCUUAAAAUAACACGUGCGCCAAGGGGCCCUACGCUAUAUUUUAAAGUCUUAAAUUAUUCUUUGGCAAAAGAUGUAAUAUCAAGCUUAAAAAAACAAUAUGUUUCUGAUCAGCAAUUUUUACAUCCUCCUCUUCUAGUUUUAAAUAAUUUUACAAGUGAUGAAAUUCAAUUAAAGCUAAUGACUUCAAUGUUCCAAAACAUGUUUCCAACAUUAAAUCUUGUUAAUUUAAAUUUAAAUAAUGUAAGAAGAUGUGUACUUUUUAACUACAAUUCAGCUUCAGAUGAAAUCGAUUUCAGACAUUAUGCAAUAAAAGUGACUCCUGUUAACAUUUCGAAAGGUGUUAAAAAAAUGAUUCAAAAUAAAGUUCCAGACUUAUCGAAAUAUUCAAACCCUGCAGAAUUUAUUUUAAAGUCAGAAUACUUAUCUGAAAGUGAAGCAGAAGAUGAUCCAGACAGUCAUGUUACAUUACCUCAGAAGAUUUCAACUCGAGGAAAUAUGUUAUUAAAUCAAUCAUCCAUUCGUUUAAUAGAGCAAGGUCCACGUUUAACAUUACAACUUUUUAAAAUUGAAGAAGGAUUCCUUAAUGGAGAAGUUUUAUAUCAUAAAAACAUUAUUAAAACGGAAGAGGAAAAAGCUGCUAUAUUACAGAGAAGAUUAGAAAAGAGAUGCUUAAAAGAGGCUAGGAAAAAAGAACAAGAGGAAAGAAAAAAAAUAAAAGAAUUAGCUAAACAAAAGUUGAAAGAAAAAUCAAUACAGGGACAAAAGAAUAAUAAGAAAACGAAAAAGUUAAUUAAAAUGAACAACGUUAAUAAUGGUUUCAUUUCCAACGGUGAUAAUUUUGAUGAUGAUAAUAAUGAUGGGGAUGAUGAAAAUGAUGCUGCAUGGUUCAAAGCAGAGGUAGGUAAAGAUCCAGACAGUGAUCUCUUUAGUUCUCAAUCGAAGGGAAUUAAAAGAAAAAAAUUAGGAUCGGAUUAUUUUAAAAAAGGAAAAAAAUCAAAACUUAAUUAUAAAUCGAAGCAAUUAAAAAAAACAUAA